GAGGGAUAGCUGAGGGCUGGGAGGAAAGCUACUUAGGAAAUCGCUACAUCCACUUAGGACACAUUCCGUGCCUAUACAGCGCAGGGAGGCAGCUGCAGGGAGCCUCUGGCCAUCCAUACAUUUGAAUCCUUCAAGCCUGCAAAACUGGUAGCCAUGGAAAGCCAACCAAAAGAAGCCGAGGAGGCUGAGAAGUCCCCUGAGUCUAAGGAUCUGCUGCCCAGCCAAACAGCCAGCACCUUGUGCAUCAGUUCCCGCAGCGAGUCUGGAUGGAGUACUCCCCCACCAAACAAGUGGGAUGUUUAUCAUAAGCCGGUCAUUGUAUUGUCAGUGGGUGGAGCAGUCUUCCUCUUUGGAGUGGCUAUCACCAGCUUGACCUGCCUCACCAUAGACCAAAACAAUACUGUCAACAACAACAACACCAAGAAUGUGUUUAAACUGUGUGGACCAGCUUUCCUGUCACUAGGCCUCAUGCUACUGGUCUGUGGGCUUGUCUGGAUCCCCAUCAUCCGCAAAAAGCUUCGGCAGCAGAAGCAGAAAUAUCACCUCCUCCAGAGUAUUAAGUCUUUCUUCCUCAACCGCUGAAGGCAUCUAUUCUCAGUUCAGCCCCAAGGGGAAGAGGACUGGGUUAGCAGGACAGAGCCCCAACUUUGGAUCUGUAACUCAAGCUACCAACAUGCUCCCCGGAGGGAGUGGUCUCUCUAUGCUCCUCCUCUUUCUAUGGGUAGGGGAUUCACACAGAGAGAGAGAGAGGCACAGGCAGUAUUGGAUGAUCUGGGGCCCUCAACCCAUAAAUAAGUUUCACUUUUCUCUAAAAGGGUAGGCCAUGGAAUUGGCAGAUCAAAUUCCAAAGCAGCUGUUUUGAAUAAACUUGUGUUUUAUUGUUAGGAACAUUGUUUAAUAAGGUACACUGUCUAUAACUCAAGAGUCUGAUUGCACAACAUCAUUCAUCAAAAAGCUGAGGCAAAGUCCAUGAUCACCCACUCUCCACAGUGGGACCAGUAACUGUGGCUCCACUGACAAAACAGUUAGAUUUUUUUCUUAUAACAAAUGACGUUUGGUUUGAAAACAACCCAAAACUGCUUGCAGAAAAAGAUGCUGAAAAAGAUAAUUUCAGUGGCCACAGUUUUCCCCCUCCUUACAACAAAUCCCUUCUGCAAGCACAUAACAUUGUGUAAAAAUAUAAAUUCUGCAAGAAUCUUGGACUCGGGCCAAAGAAUAAUAUGUGAAGCCAGAAGCAGCAUUAGAGAUAGCCAGUAAUUAGAGCUGAAAGCACAUUAAUGUUGCAAGGAGGUGAUUCAGGCAAUCUUUCCACGUUUGUGAAAUGAGAUGUCAAAAAAAAAAUCCUAUGCUUAAAUCAUAGAGACCAGCCAUCAAACAAAACAAUCUGAUCUGCAUAUUUCCGGAGGUUAGAGAAGGUCCCUUCUGUCACACUCAAAUAUUCACAAUAGUUAAGACUUUUCUCUUUUGCUCACAGGCUGUUCCUAACAUCUGUUUCUGGCCUGCAUUAUUCUCAAAGUGCUGUGAAUGUGGCUAUCAAUUUUUCUCAAAAAGACAGAUUAUGAGGGUAACAAGUAUUUGAAAGGAAAGGCAUAUACAUCUACCAUUGUAACUGAGAAAGCUUGCAGUUUUGUAAGAGACUUGGGUCUUCAUAUAGAAUCGUUCACCAAUGCAGCCACUGUUUUUGAAUACUAAUGGUAUUUCUUAUCUAUCUUUGUGUGUUUUGGAGUUGAGUCUGGGAAAACACCUGAACAAAAAUUCUUGGUGGUCAUCAAAAAUGGUUUCCAGCAGCUUGUCAUGUUGACUAAAUCGCUCAAGAACAACUUUGAAAGUCAUGAAUGUGAAACUGACUUUAGAAAACAUGGACAUCUGGAAAAGAGGAGGUGUGUAUGGAUGCAUAAAAUGCCAUUCUUCCAUGUACAUAAUGAUCCUUCACAGUGAUCAAAAAGAAGAAAGUGCAUCCAUUGGCAAUGCCCUUAGCUCCAGAGGGAAGCAUGACUCAUUGAAAUGGUGAUCUAGCACAGUAAUUAAAUAACUGAAGGUCCAGCUUCACCUCAAGCCCAGGCAAUGACAGCCAGCAGUGUGUUGGCCUUGGCAAGGAAUUAAUAACUUUAAAAUAUCUGAGCUCCACAUAGUAAAUGGGUGUAUAAAGAGAGAGGGUUCAGCAAGCUGGAAUACAGAGAUUGGGACUUUGACUCUCCACUAUGCUUCCUAGAAGAAAAACCAACCUGUAUAGCCCUGGGCAAGCUGUACAGUCAAAGCAGCACCAGAAGAAGGUCCACUCUUUCUGAGUACUUUUUACCUAGAAAACCCUGGCAAGGGUUGUGAUAAAUUGUUACUUACUUGAUGGGCAGCACACAAUUAUUUUAGUGUAAAAAGAUCUGCAUAGAGAUUGUGCUUACAUUGUCUCUGGAAAUAUCAUCGGAACUGGUUCAAGGACUACUGGAUUGAACCGGCCCUUGUGAUGAUGUAAUGUGGUAUUUGUUUAGAAGAAUUUAAGGGGCACAAUCCAGAAGCCUCAGAUGUUGCUUCUUACAGGGGCCUUAGAUUAAUGUUACAAUAGUUUCGCAUAGUUGCCUUUUGGAUCCUGCAUUAUGCCAAAGUGCCUCCUUUCAAUGCUGCUUUGUGUAUUUUUCCCCUCCCAAACUGCCUCUUUCAACCAUUGAGCUACACAAAAAUUGAUCUCCUGGUACCGUGCUAUUUGAUCAUAAGCAACUGGCCUGCAUCUCCACUGUUUUUAAUCUGUGCUUGGGAAAUGGGGAAGCCUGUUCUGUUUCUGUUCCAUCUCCACACCACACUACAAUCCAUCACUACAACCAACAGUCAUGGGCACUCAUAUUUGCAUCCCCUCAAAUACUGGCAAGAUAGUGGCAUUCCCUAUAUGUUAUACUUUAGUCCACCCUUUAAAUAUGGGAUAGAGUAGCCAACUUGUUACAUAUACGAGCAUGCGGUCUCCCUGUCUUAAUCAUGAUGAUGCAUCUUCUUGUGCCAGUGAUGAAACCAAAAAGGUAGAGAGUGGCAUGCUUUGUUUUAGCAGUUUCCAAUCCUUGGGCAUCUCCAAGUGGCUCUCAGGUCGCAAUCCGAUGCUCCUGAGCUUAUAAACACUCAGAUUUCAAAGGCUUUUCCAUGCAAAUGAAAAACCCAGACAGACAAGUACAUCUCCAGGUAUAUUAUACACCUCACAUAGUAGUCCUGUAAAUCCAGCUUUAAGGUGAGUACUGAACACCCUGGAAUUGCAAGGUCUUGUUGUCUAUUGGUCUGCUUUUGUGGACAGAAAGAGGUGUUGCCUUAGCUGGCCCUCUUGCUGAUCAUAGCGUUUUUGUUUUUGUUUUUAUUUGGGGGGGGGAAGAGAUCUUGCAAGAUCUACUGAAUUUGAACAGUAGGGGUGUACAGAAACUGAAUGAACCCUACAAAGUCUCACUGGAAAAUAACAGUGUGGUUUGUGUACUCCCAUGCUGAGUAUUCAUAGCGUGGAAAGAUACAGCGAGUCAAAACACGACAAAAACAUGUGAAUAAAAAGUAUACAA